AUGGAGGUUUUCUACUACUUGGUUUUUGGAGCCAUGGCAGCCGUUGUGGCGGUGUUGGAGCUGAGCAAGACGAACAAGGAUCGGAUCAAUACCUCCUCUGCUUUCAAUUCCUUCAAGAAUAAUUACCUCCUCAUUUUCUCUCUUAUGAUGGCUACAGCUGGAGACUGGCUUCAAGGCCCUUAUGUGUAUUAUCUUUACAGCACUUAUGGUUUUGGAAAAGGGGAUAUUGGGCAGCUAUUCAUUGCUGGUUUUGGUUCAUCGAUGUUGUUUGGAACCAUUGUUGGAUCUUUGGCCGAUAAACAGUGA